AUGGCAUCUUCAAUGCUGCACUACCUCGGCUUCGGCAAGGACGCACCUCCAUCAAAGGAACCCGCCAAUGAUGAACCGAUUCGAGCUCUGCCAGCCUCUUGGUACACCUCCCCGGAGAUGUAUGAGCUAGAGCGCCGCUCCAUCUUCUCCAGGAGGUGGAUCUUCAUUACCCACAGCUCGCGACUGAAGAAUACUGGCGACUGGCUCCGCUACGAGAUGGCCGGAUUCGACUUUAUCCUGACUCGGGAUCGGCAGGGGGACAUCAACGCAUUCCACAAUGUCUGUCGGCACCGGGCCUACCCCGUGAUCGAGAAAGAGGGCGGCGGGAACUCGAAGAUCUUGGCCUGCCGAUACCACGGCUGGUCAUAUGGACUGAACGGCAAGCUUGCCAAAGCCACUGGCUUCAAGGAAGAUCUCAAGAAGGAAGAGAAUGGCUUGUUCCGCAUUCACACAAAGGUCGAUGUCAACGGGUUCAUCUGGAUCAACAUGGAUGCAAAGGAGACCCCCGAAGUCUCUUGGGAGGAACACUUCGCGAACGUCGACACCCAGGAGCGCUACAAGGCCUACAACUUCGACAACUACGACCUCGAUCACUCAUACCAGCUCGACGGAGAAUUCAACUGGAAGAUUCUUGCCGACAACUUCAACGAGUGCUACCACUGCCCAACCACUCACGCCGAUAUCCCCGAUAUCCUCAACCUCGAAUCCUUCGACAGUGAUCUGAAAGACGGACAUAUCCAGCAUCACUGCGAAUCGACGCCAGAACAGAAAGCAGCAGGCCUGUACACUGCCAGCACCUACUACUUCCCCGCCUCCGCGAUGGUCGUAUCGCCGCACUUUAUCAUGAUUCAGAAGUUCAUGCCCAAAGGGCCAAAGAGCUCUGCGAUGGCUUACGAAGUCUACCGGAACCGACACUCCAGCGACGAAGACUUCAAGCGUAUCAGUGAGCUCUAUGCCCGCGUGAUGAAGGAAGACAAGGUUCUCUGCCACAACGCACAGAAGAACCUCGACCGCGGCGUCUUCAUCAACGGCCAGCUGCACCCCAAAUACGAGAAGGCGCCCAUUUUCUUCCAGAGCACCUGCCGAGACGUCGUUACUGAACACUUUGAACGUGAGAAGGCUGAGGGACAUGAGAUUUGGCCGGCGAAGCAGAAGGUCCCUGGAUAUGCGCCGACGAGCGAUAAAGAUGAGGAGAUGUGCGCGGGUUUGGCUUGUGGAUCUCAGCGAGAGGUUUUGGCGUGGUAG